AUGAAGAUGGGCUUCGUUGAUGGGUCUUGCACUAAACCUGAAGAUCCACAAGAUGCGAUACUUUGGAAAAUGAUUGAUGCCAUGGUCAGAUCUUGGAUCAUGCAUACAAUUGAAAAGAAAGCAAGAAUUCAUUUCCAAAGUGCAACCACAUUAAAGGAGUUAUGGGAUGAAAUCAAGUCUAGGUAUGAGACAGAUAACUGGCCAACUCAAUACAAGUUAAAGAAGGACAUCUGUACAGCUAAACAAGGUAAUAUUGAUCUUGAAGAUUACUAUUCUAAAGUUAGAUUGUUUUGGGAUGAACAGUUACAUUUACAGCCACACCGAAGAUGUACUUGUGAUAGGAGUCAAAAAGAUUGUGUAGGUUGUAAACUAGAAAAGGAAGUUAUAAUGGAUUAUGAGAAGAGCAAUCUGCUCCUGUUCCUUAUGGGUUUAAAUGAUUCUUAUGAGAAUUUAAUAGAUUCUAUAUUGGCAAUGGAAUCAAAACCAACUGUGUACAAGGCAUUCACAAUGUUUCUUAAUGUUGAGAAGAAGAGAAACAUUAAUAUGGAGCAGGACAUAUAUACUUCAGCAAUGUUUGUGAAAGAAAAAUCCUAUAGCAAUUCUAGAAGAAAUCGAACUGAAGAUGUGAGGCAAAGAAAUAAAACGCAGAUAUGUACACAUUGCAACAUGAAUGGUCAUCUAAAGGAAGGAUGCUACAAGAUCGUGGGCUACCCUGAAUGGUGGACAAACAAGAGAAGGAAGAAGGCAGGUUCAAAUAUAGCUAAUGCAGCACAUUUUGAUGAAGAAAAUGAUUCAGUACAGAUUUCGAAAUCUCAAUACAAGGAAAUCCAGAACUUUAUGAAGGCUGUCAAGGAGGGAAAUGACAAAAUAGCAAGUACAUCUAAAGGAAAAGGAAGCUGCAUUGAUCUUGACUUCGCUGCAGGACCUUAA